UAACGCUUACUUGUGGGGGCGUCACAAGUAUUUAUAGUCACAACCAAGCCAGUUGAUAACACAAUCAUUGUUUUUUCCUUUAGAAUUUAAGUUGAAAGUAAGAAGUAGAUCAUCAAGUUGAAGAUGAGUUAAAAACUGAAGAAUAUACCAUCAAGUUGGUGAGCAAUUGAUUAAUCUAUUUGGAAUAUGAUUUGAAAAGUGAAGAAUAUAUCAUCAAGUUGAAUAUGAGUUUUAAAAAGUGAAGAAUAUAUCAUCAAGUUGCGAGCAGAAAUGUCCGGUAUACCAUGGGAAAGCGAGGAAAGACAAAACUUCAUUCGAGCAGACUACAUUGUCAGUGACGUUGUGAGGAAGGAAUUAAGAAGUUUCUUUAUUCAGGAAUGGAACAAACGUUACCAGGCUUCUCGUGGAGCAUGGGAUGACACAAACGUAAGUGGUAGUCACUUGUUUAAUCUCGAGAAAUCAAGAGCAAGAGGAAUUAAACCAAUGCUUCAGUCCAAAUUUAAGCAUGGAGAUACAAAUGAUUGGGAUUGUACUGCACUUUUUGGUGCAAUUCUUUUUUCCAAAUCGAUUGGUGCAAGCCUUAAUCCAACGCAAAAAACUGAAAUCGAUAAUCUGAGAAAACUACGAAAUGAAAUAACUCAUAAACCUGAAAAAACGCUGGAUGAUGCCGACUUUCAAACUAAGACAACAGACGUUAUAAAUGCAUUGAGUGCAUUAGGACUGACAAGCAACGAAGUUGUUCGAAUUAAAAACCUCUAUAAAUCCUUCCAAAUUCUACCUCCCAAGCCAACUCAUGAAGUCGUGUCUCGUUCUGACAAGAUACACGAGAUAAGAGAGGAUCUUGAAAAGUUGCGCAGCGAUAACGACGGCAAACUUACAUAUUUUUACAUCUCUGGAAAUCCCGGAAGUGGAAAAUCUCAACUCGCCAGAAAAGUUUGUGAAGAUAUUUGCGAAGAUGCUCAUGUGAAGGACGAAGCAAUGUUUGUAAUGACAUUGAACGGAAAAGAUUUAGAUUCUCUUUUAUAUUCAUAUGAAGAUUUUUGUCGUAAGCUAAAUUGCAACCAAAGCGUGUUACAAAAUCUUUCGAGCUCUUCUAAAGCAAAAUAUGAGAAAAUUAAAGAUUUAAGAUUACAAAUAUCCAACAGAAUUAAGAGUUGGAAGCAGUGGUGGAUUAUCGUCGACAACGUUGAAAAUUUCGAGCUCAUUGCCCCACUACUGCCUCUGAUGGGCGGCGAUGUUUGGAAUAACGGCCAAAUCAUAGUGACGACACAGAACACAAAUGCAGUUCCUUCCGACAGCCUGUCAAGUAAACAUAUUUCACUUUGUCUCGGUAUGACUGACCAAGAAUGUCGCGAGCUUCUUGCCCUGUUAUCAAGAACAGACGUCAAUGAUCCAUUACUAUAUGAGGUGGCAGAGAAGUUAGAUCGUCAACCGUUGGCAUUGGCCGCUGCAGCCGUGUAUAUGAGACAAGUCAACGAGAUUCGUUCAGAUUUUUCAUGGCCAGAUUAUUUAGAAAAGCUUAAAAGAGGAAGAAGAGAAUUCACCGAAAAACGUCUGAAGCAGACAAAUUCAGCAGCAUAUUCAUCCACCAUGAGUGCCGCUGUGCUUUUAGCUGUUACAAAAUGUCAGGAAGAAAACACAAUUCUUGAACACGCAUUCAACCUUUUCUCUUUGAUAUCAUUUGAACCACUACCACUUGAUCUUGUUGUGAAAUACGUUCAGCAGGAAGAAGAAGAGUUGGAUGCCGAGGAUAUCAUUCUUCCAAUAAAACACUGCUCAUUGUUUGUUCAUGUGGGAAAUAAGGGGGGAGACAUCCGUCUUCAUCGUGUUGUCCAUGAUGUGAUCAAAUUGCUUUGUCUUUCGAAAAAAACUGACAUUGGCAAUUCAUCAAAAGAUAAAAUAUCAAAUGAAGGGCAAAAUAUAAGAAAAGUAAUUCACGACGUUACAAGAACAUUGUAUUCUUUCAAAGAUAGGAAAGAUAAGAUGAAAAUAAUUUCACAUUUAAAAUCAUUAUUCACAGAAAUUAACAAAUUGUUUCCAAAUGAAGGGCUAUCCUCAAUGAGCUCAGCAUUUGAUGAAACUGAAAUCCGGAAAAUAUUUUCUUUUUUUGGAGAAAUUCUACACGACUUUUUCGAGUUUGACUUCUCGUUGAAAAUUUUCCAGCAGAAAUUGAAAAUUGCAUUACAGCAAUUAGGACCAAAGAAUAUUGACGUUGCCUUUUGCUACACCAGUCUGGGUAAUGUGUAUCGUGAUAAAGGUGAUCUGGACCAAGCUUAUGAUUAUUGUCAGCAGGGUCUGAAAAUUAUAUUAGAACAAUCAGGAGAGAAAAUUUUUGACGUUGCUAGUUCGUACAUCGCCUUUGGUAAUGUGUGUAAAGUUAAAGGUAAUUUUGAGCAAGCUAAAGAUUAUUAUCAACGAGCACUGAAUAUUCUGUUGGAACAAUUGGGGCCAAACCAUGUUGAUGUUGCUACUACAUACCAAAAUCUGGGUGUUGUGUGUAGUGAUAAAGGUGAUUUGGAGCAAGCUAAAGAUUAUUAUCAACAAGUGGAGAAAAUUCUAUUAGAAAAAUUAGAGCCAAAUGAUAGAAAAUUUGCUAACUUAUACACCAACCAGGCUAGUGUAUAUCUUAAGGAAGGUGAUUUGGAGCAAGCUAAUAAUUAUUUUCAAGCUGCCCUGAAAAUUCUAUUAGAACUAUUAGGGCCAAAUCAUAUUGAUGUUGCUACCUUACACAUGAACUUGGGUGUUGUGUGUAAAGUUAAAGGUGAUUUGAAGCAAGCUAGUGAUUAUUACCAACGAGCGCUGAAAAUUAAAUUAGAAUAUUUAGGCCCAAAUCAUCAUGUCGUUGCUGGCAUAUACAGCAACUUGGGUAAUUUGUGUAAAGAUAAAGGUGAUUUGGAGCAAGCUAGUUAUUAUUAUCAACAAACGCGGAAAAUUCGGUUAGAACAAUUGGGGCCAAACCAUGUUGAACUUGCUAGUUCAUACAACAACCUGGGUACUGUGUGUUAUGCUAAAGGUGAUUUUGAGCAAGCUGAUAAUUAUUAUCAACGAGCACUGGAAAUUCAAAUAGAUCAAUUGGGACCAAACCAUGCUGACGUUGCUGCUUCAUACAACAACUUGGGGCUUGUGUGUAAGGGUAAAGGUGAUUUGGAGCAAGCUCGUGAUUAUUAUCAACGAGCGCUGAAAAUUCAGUUAGAACAGUUGGGGCCAAACCAUGCUGACGUUGCCAAUUCAUACAACAACUUGGGGCGCCUUGUGUGUGAGAAUGAAGGUGAUUUGGAGCAAGCUAACGAUUAUUUUCAACAAGCGUUUAAAAUUCAAUUAGAAAAAUUAGGGCCAAAUCAUAUAACAAUUGCCGACUUAUACAACAACCUGGGUAUUGUGUAUCGUAAGAAAGGAAAUUUGCAGCAAGCUAAUAAUUAUUAUAAACUAGCCCUGAAAAUUCGAUUAGAACAAUUGGGGCCAAAUCAUAGAGAUGUUGCUGAUUUAUACGAAAACUUGGGUAAUAUUUAUAGGGAUAAAGGUGAUUUGGAGCAAGCUACGUAUAAAUUACGUAUAAAUUUGAAAGUGGUUUUUCAGCGCUUGUGUAAAUAA